AUGAAUCGGUCGACUCGCCUGGUCACCCGACUCUACUCGCCCGAGUCACCCCGCUUCUUCCUCUCCCUGCGUCGUUCUCCGAACACCCUCGCUCCAUUCUCGACCCUAAGGAAAGCCAGAUUUACGGCCUCUGCCACCGCCAACGGUCCACUUCAGCCCCACCCGAAACGGCCCGCUAUGGACCCUCAAUCCUCCGUGCCCGACCCGCCGGCCGCCGAUAAUUUCGUCCACGUCGAGAACCCUACAAUUGAAGACCUGUCGGAUAGCAUCGUCGGUGUCGAUGCGCCGAGGGACGAGUACGACGACGACGUCGUUUCGACGAGCGCUGCGGCCGAGAGUUCAGACCAGAGGAAGGUCCUUCCGGAGGAGCUGUCGAGGAGCGUGGUGGUGCUCACGUGCGAGUCUACGGCUGAGGGUGGCGUUUGCGACGUGCACUUGGUUGGAACGGCUCACGUUUCGGUGGAGUCAUGCAGAGAAGUUGAAGCAGUGAUUAGCUAUUUGAAACCAGAGGUUGUCUUCUUGGAGUUAUGCUCCAGUCGGGUGGCUGCACUUACUCCUCAGAAUUUGAAGGUACCGACAAUGGGCGAAAUGAUUGAAAUGUGGAAGAAAAAACAUAAUGCCUUUGGAAUUGUUUACAGCUGGUUCCUUGCCAAGGUUUCAAGUAAGCUUGAGGUUUUUCCUGGUGCUGAGUUUCGUGUAGCAUAUGAAGAAGCAAUGAAGUAUGGUGGUAGGGUGAUACUUGGCGAUCGCCCAGUGCAGAUUACAUUGCGAAGGACGUGGGCAAAAAUGCCACUUUGGCAUAAGAUAAAACUACUAUAUUCAUUCCUUUUUCAAGCAGUCUUUCUACCAAGUCCUGAUGAUCUGAAUAAAAUGCUAAAGGAAAUGGAUGAUGUUGACAUGCUGACUCUUGUGAUUCAAGAGAUGAGCAAGGAGUACCCAACUCUAAUGGAAACACUCGUACAUGAGCGAGACCAGUACAUGUCAUCUACACUCCUUAGAAUUGCCACCGAGCAUAGUUCAGUGGUUGCAGUGGUGGGCAAGGGGCACCUCCAAGGAAUCAAGAAGCACUGGAAGCAGCCUGUUGUGGUCAAGGAUCUUAUGGAAAUUCCUUCACAGCAGUCGGCAUUUUCCACCGCAAAAGUCCUUAAAUCUUUCGGUGUAGCGGUUGCAGGGGUGGCCAUAAUAUCAGGCAUCUAUCUUGCAUCCAAGAAGUAA